AAAAAACCGGUGAUCGCAUCCUUUUUGCUUUUCCGCCCUUUCACACUUCCAAAACACUCGCAACGAUGUCGAAUAUGAUGCGGGUUCUUAGCGAUGAAGGGGAUGAGUUCCAGCAUAUCAGACCUGAAGAGCAAGCAAGCGAUGACGACCUGCCGCAGUCUCCAUCUUCGGCCGGCACUCCCUUUUUCUCGUACGCCGAAGAUCGUGCCUUUACCGAUCUCGAUGCAAAAUAUUGGGCUCAAGCUCAUCCUCCUGCGAGCUCUCCACCUGCGAGCAUGAGCUUCCGGCGCUCAUCAGCGACUCCCAGUCUGACACCCAGUCAGUCGGCCCUUUCGGACUCCUUCAGAUCCCUGCAUCUGGAUAAUCACUCACGCAAUAGCACUACCGAAGGCAGUUUUCUGCUGGAGCGCAAUGCUGAAAGAUCACCGGUGCGGACUAAGACUCAGUCAGCGUCUUCUGUCGAUGAUCCUUACCUGAAGCCCGCUGGGCCAUCUGGACUUGGAUUGCCGGAGCAGAGAGAUUCCGCCAACUCUUCCCGACCCCAAGGCGCCGCGGAGUAUAUCACCCAUGAUGAGGAUAUGGAUAUCGAGUUGCAAAUGAUAUGCAAAUCAGUUCAGAAGUGCCUUGAAAUUCGACACAAAUACAUUUCACGGUCUAAUCAAGGUCCCAGAGACAAUCCUCGUGAUCAACCUGACUGGAAAAUCUAUCCGGCUCCUCCGGCGCCUUCCUGGACUGCGUCCAAGGAGCCCCGAACGAAUAAAGAAGAAGACUCGGUCUCUCAAAUGAGUCCAUCGAGGCCUGAAGGCGCUGAUGGUGUUGGAUGGGAUUUCAAUUUUGAAGCUUGCCAUAUUCCUGAGAUCAAGGACGAUAUCGAGUUCUCACUUGAUAACACCGGUGUGUAUCAAGUUUCUAAGAACAUUGAUGGACACCGAUCCAAUAUCGUCCAGGUUCCGUCGAUUCGCGAAUACUAUAUGGAUUUGGAAGAGAUCAGUAAUACCAGCUCGGAUGGACCUUCGAAAAGUUUUGCCUUUCGACGGCUGCAGUAUUUGGAGGCUAGUUGGAAUCUUUAUAUUCUCACGAAUGAGUAUCAAGAGCUGGCUGAUACCAAGCGGAAUCCCCACCGAGAUUUCUACAAUGUCAGAAAGGUCGAUACUCACGUUCACCACUCUGCAUGCAUGAAUCAGAAACAUUUACUCCGAUUUAUAAAGUCCAAGAUGAAAAAAUGUCCUGAUGAGGUUGUCAUUUUCAGAGAUGGUAAACUUCUUACACUUCAGCAAGUGUUUGAAUCGCUCAAUCUUACUGCUUAUGAUCUCUCGAUCGAUACACUCGACAUGCACGCCCAUCGAGAUACUUUCCAUAGAUUUGACAAGUUCAACCUAAAAUACAAUCCAAUUGGUGAAUCUCGACUGCGCGAAAUCUUUCUGAAGACUGAUAAUUAUAUCAAAGGCAAAUAUCUCGCUGAGCUAACGAGAGAGGUAUUUUAUGAUCUUGAGCAAAGCAAAUAUCAGAUGGCAGAAUACCGCAUUUCCAUAUAUGGCAAGAGCCUCAAUGAGUGGGACAGACUUGCUGAAUGGGUCGUGGAUUACAAGCUGUUCUCGUCUAAUGUCCGUUGGCUCAUCCAGUUUCCCCGUCUUUAUGAGGUGUAUAAGGCGACUGGUAUUGUGAAUAAUUUUGAACAAAUCAUCAAAAAUAUAUUCCAACCUCUGUUUGAAGUCUCAAAAGACCCUUCGAGUCACCCAAAGCUUCAUGUCUUCCUGCAAAGAGUGAUUGGAUUUGACAGUGUCGAUGAUGAAUCGAAACCGGAGCGAAGGCUUUACAGAAAAUUCCCCUACCCCAGUGAAUGGACCACAGCGCAGAAUCCUCCCUACUCUUACUAUUUGUAUUACUUAUAUGCGAAUAUGACAUCUCUCAAUGCUUUGAGAAAAGGCAGAGGCUUCAACACGUUAGUACUUCGUCCGCAUUCUGGAGAGGCUGGAGACACUGAACAUCUGGUUUCAGCAUUUCUUAUUGCUCACUCGAUUUCACAUGGAAUUUUGUUGCGUAAAGUUCCAUUUCUUCAAUACCUGUUUUACCUCGACAAGGUUGGAAUAGCUAUGUCGCCAUUGAGUAACAAUGCACUGUUCUUAGCCUAUGACAAGAACCCAUUCUUCAGUUACUUCAAACGCGGCCUCAAUAUUUCUUUAUCAACUGACGACCCUCUUCAAUUUGCUUACACGAAAGAGGCUUUGAUUGAAGAGUAUUCAGUAGCUGCUCAAAUCUAUCGUCUGUCCUCUGUUGACAUGUGUGAGCUUGCAAAGAAUUCCGUGCUGCAAAGCGGAUUUGAAGCUGCGGUCAAAGAGCAUUGGCUUGGCCAGGGUUUUGAUUUACCAGGUAGUUUGGGAACUCAUGUUGAGAAGAGCAAUGUGCCUGCUGUACGGGUGGACUACCGUCAAAUGGCGCAUGAUCAGGAGCUUUCCCUUGUCUAUAAAUACUCAGAAGCUUCGAAAGACCAAUCUCAGCCUUCUGUUGGCAGCAAGAGCAUCUCUUCAGUUUCGACUGAACUCAGCAAUAAUAGCAGCUCUCCGGAACAUACUUCUCAUCUUGAUCCAAUUGGUAGACGUCCGUCUAUGACAAGCAAUUUUCAAAUUCCUGAGACUCAUGGAUUUCCUGGCCUAAAGCAUCAAGCUGUCAGUCGCCGAGCAACUUCUACAGCACUCACAGAGCCGUCACCUCACUAAUAUUAGUUAGAAUUCCUGUUGAUGAUUGUCAAUUACUGACGGUUCAUAGGAUAUGUAGUUUAUCUUUGCUUGAUUUGUGAUUAUGUCUUAGAAUAACUCAGUUAUGUACUUCCAUACUAUGAUUAUCAUCUAUGCUUCAUCAGUAUGAAUAUGAACUCUUGGUUAUCAGUGUAUCAGUUAUAUUAUAUAGAUAGUUUGCUA